AUGGCUGACCCCCUGAGCGUCCUAGUGAUGGUCAAUGCAUCCAUGGGCAUUGCAAGAUCACUCAUUCAUACGAUUAAGGAGCUCUACGAAAUUGCUGAACAAUACGAGACAGCUGCUCUUGGUAUAAGAACUGUCGCUACACAAUGCACUAGCUUCCGCAUAGCCAUUGAGCGCAUUCAUAAGUGGCUCGUCAAGCAGAGUGAGGAAAAUAGACACGAUUUGGACGAAGAUUUUUGGCAAGCCUUGAAAAGUAACCUUGAUACAGGUAACAUGGUUAUUGAAGAUCUCAACAGGAGAAUACACUCUUUCAGGAAGAGUCCAGCCAAGUUCUGGACAAGAACCAAAUAUCUCUGGAAUCAUGUUGUUAUCUCAGAAUUGCAGUCGCAGAUCCAGGGUUUAAUGUCUGCCUUGGGGCUUCUGAUCAAUGUGAUUGAUCUACCAGUAAACGGAACAAGGCGAACUUUAAGCAGAGCACAGAGCACGAAGCUAAAUGGUCUGACCAGAUCUGCUCGCAUCCGUGUUGAAGAGCAACGAAGCAGGCAACUAGCAGCGGCUCGCAAUUCUGAUGGGCUAGAGAAUGACCUGCAAGCACAAUCAGAGCAUUCAGACACGGCUCUAGUAGCAGCUCUUCGCCAACCAUCUCAAGCAGAAUUUGCUCCGCCGCCAUACCACAUUAAUAACGAAUUCCCAACACACGUCGAAGAGAAGCCUCCGUCAAGAAUGAGAGAGGCCACGCCAGAGGUCGCACAAGACCACACGUCUCUGAGUUUCCUGACACAGGUGAAAUCACACGGUGACUUGCCUGACAAGAAGACUUUGAAGCGUCCCACAUGGAAGAAUUUCAUGAAGCGUUCGAACAAGUCAGAACCACCAAGGAGCAUGUCGGAUCCAAUAGAACAACAAACAAUUCCAGAAAUCGAGACUAAACACACAAGCACGGUUCUAGAAAACACAGAAUCCAUGCCUCAGCAUCGAGUUGGGCAGUCUCUUUCUGAUACGAAGGCUAUGCCUGCAAAGGAUGAAAACUUCGAUCUUCUGAAUGCGCUGGCUGGGAUGUCUGUGGAAGACUCGCAUUCGGCAUUUAAUCCACUUUCACAGACACAAUCUAAUCCCACAGUGAACAGCCAUCCUCACGCAAGUCCUGUCGAGCUUCCCGAAGUAGAGUCACCCGACACAAUGACAGCCACACAUCGUGUCCUAUCGAACAACAACCCUUAUCUAGCUAUGCGACUUACCGCACGCUCGAGAUCAGACUUUGGUGCAUCGACCUCAGUCCACACGGAACAACGAGAUGAAGUAGACCAGUUCAGCCGCACACGUCCUUCGCACAGUAUAGCAAGUCCCCCUCUUUCGGAUUCACUGUCGCAAACUCCCUCAUGUCAACUAGGAGAGCGAUUAUCGAGUUUCGGCAGAUCCAGUCACAUCAGCCUGUCACCACAACGCGCUGUAGAGCAGUCAUGGCAAACAAUCGCCAUCACCAAUAGGACGACAAGGCUGAAAGUCAAAUUUGAGAAAGAAUUGUUUUCCAACAAAAUGUCUGCAUCGGCUGCUCGAGCACUUGGUGUGGAUAAUUCCAUCAUCAUAUGGGAGGGUGUCCCAUUAACUAAUUUGACCAUGUUGUAUACUGUCUCUGAUGGAACAGCGGUCGAGGAUACUAUCGUCAAUGGAGAGGAAGUGGAGUUUGAGGUCAUGAAUGAACAUGAGAGCAGAGUGCCGGAGCUGUACCUGGGUCAGGGCGUUGCGCAUUUUGUAAACCUUAUGGAAGGUGGAGAUUUCAUCUACUGGAAUCCUGGAGCUGUACCGAAGAAUCUGAGAAGCGUGAAUCGACUGAGGUCGUACAGGAGGUUCGAGCUAGUGAGGUGA